CAUAUACAAAAGAGUUCCGUUAUGAAACUUGUUGCACAACGUGAAUUUGAAGGAUUUUAAAGGAUAAAUCCUAUGCAUUAGAGCCAUGUCUCGUUGCGUUUUAUCGAAAUGUUAUCACUGUUUAAGGAAAAAUGUAAUACCCACAAAUAAAACAAUUACAGAAAAAUUGUAUAGACAAGUUAGGACUGGACAGUUUUUGAGGAUACCACCAUGUGAGUCAACAGCUCUAUUAUCUGUCAGACAUCAGGACCAGUCCAUGAUGAAAGCUGCUGCCAUUAAAUCUCUCUUCCUUAUCACUCAGACCCAGCAUAGAAAGAUGUCAGAUAUUGCAGAAAAGAGUAUAGAACCUUCUGUUGGCAGUAGAUGGUUGGAGAAAGUAAAGGCAUUCCUCACAAAGACUGAUAACCCAACCAAGCUACCUAUACGGCAUUUACAAGCUGCAGGAUCAAUUUUAAUCCUGUCUAUCUCAGAUUAUGUCUCCUAUGAGGAACUCCUACACAUUUGUAAUCUAGACGACACAUUUUAUUCUUUCUACAAAUUACUGGAGCUUCACACAUGGAUGGUAUUACAUCGGCUGCGACAGGAAGGAAAUGAUGGACUAGUCGCUGGGAUGGCUUUCGUAGACGCCAUGUGGAGGGACAUUGAACCUCGACUUAAAAUUGCUGGGGCCCAAAUGUCUCAGAAGACGGACGGCCUGUAUUACCUUAACAAUCACUUCAAUUCUGCUGUUGUUGCUUAUGAUGAGGCUUUGUUGGUCAAUGAUGAUAAAGCAAUGGCUCAUGCGCUGUGGUUGAAUGUUUUUGAUGGCAGGGACUGUGAUCCUCGAAAUCUAGAACUUUUGUUGGCCUAUACCAGGAAACAGAUGCAGCAUCUUCAUAAAAUUGAGUCUAAACUCUUCCUGAAUGGACAGAAAAUCGAAUUUUUACCUAUAGAAUUUGAUGAUGGGGAUAAACAGAUAAAAAGACGUCCAAAGAAAGAGUACCAUAUACCAAGGCCCAAAAAGAGCACGUCCAUCAUAGACUGAAGACACUGACCCUGCCCUCAUGACCUCAGUGUGGCCUUGACCCAAACCCCAUUAGGAAUACACUUCCAUCUGACAUUUGUGACAGUAACACAGCUGACUUUGGCAAGAUUUGUCUUUCAACACUUAUUUAUUGCAUGUAUCUAGGUCACUGCAUUUGUCUGUGUUGGACAGAAGGUACAGAUAGUUCUAAAUUGAUAUGUUAAAAUAAAAGUAUUAUAAAAUGAA